AUGGCGGACCCAAGGCCACAGACCCCAAUCCCAAGCUCAGACCCCGCCAAACCCCUACUCUACGAUGAGGAAUCACAAGAACCUAUCCCCCUCCCCGUCCGCAGCGGCAUCAAAACCAAACUCUCGGCCCGGGGCACCAUUAAGCUGCUUCUCAGCCUCUCGACCAUCGCCUUUUCUUGA